AUGAAAUACACGAUUUGUCACCACUUGUUGUCACAUAUAUUGACAUUUUGUAUAUUCAGUGAAAUUUUAUUCAUUUUUAAUCACCCAUUGAAUGGUGUCUUGUGUGCGGAUCAACCAAAUGGUGAAGACUAUUACCAAUUGUUGGGCAUUACGAGGGAUGCGGACAAUCGGCUCAUUAGGAAAGCCUUCAAACAGUUGGCGCUCACCAGACAUCCCGACAAAAACCCGAAUGAUCCCAAAGCUCACGACAACUUCCUGAAGAUCACCCGCGCAUAUGAAGUGCUUAAAGACGACGAAAUGCGUAAGAAGUACGACAUGUAUGGCGAGGACGGCCUCAAAGACGAGGGCACCGGUAGACCGCAGUACCACUCGUGGAAGUACUACAACGAAGACUUCGGUAUAUAUGAUAACGACGAGGAGAUCAUCACUCUGUCGAAGAGCGACUUCGAGCAGUCGGUCACUAAUAGCCCAUACGUUUGGUUCAUAAACUACUACUCCCCUCAAUGCUCGCACUGUCACCACUUGGCGCCCGAUUGGCGCAAAUUAGCCAAAGAAUUGGAUUCUGUUAUACGUAUCGGUGCCGUCAAUUGCGAGGAGGACUGGGUGUUGUGUCGCCAACAGAAUGUCCGCUCCUAUCCAUCACUUAUUUUCUAUCCUAAUGUGAACUUUUUUUGGAGAUAUUUUGUGGUUUUAAUCGGUGCCGUCAAUUGCGAGGAGGACUGGGUGUUGUGUCGCCAACAGAAUGUCCGCUCCUAUCCAUCACUUAUUUUCUAUCCUAAUUAUGAGAAAUACGAAGGGAAACGAGACACGGAAUCGAUGGUUGAGUAUGUGUUGAAUCAGUUGCGGCCACAGAUGAUCACUAUUGAUAAACUCAAUUUGGAUUCAUUUCAUUUGCAUUCUUCCGAGUCUAAUGAGCGCACAAAUUAUAUACAAACAACUCAGUCAUCAACUCAGUGGUGGCUCUUAAGUGUUUGUGUCGACAAUAAGGAUUGCAUAUUCUCUGACACCCAGAAGAUGGUGGCAAUAAUGUUGGAGAAUGUGGUAAACAUCGCACAAGUAUACUGUGAUAGCAGUGAUAAAGUGGUUUGCGAUCGCUUUGGUAUCACUGAAUCAAAAGUGGCGUUAUUUCAAGACAUUAGAGGAGAUCCUCAAAAUUAUGCUGAAAUCGUCGGCGCCGACCAAUCAGUCGAAGCCAAACACAUAUUCANGACAUUAGAUCCAAAUAUUUUUGAAGAUAAGGUCACAAACCCCGUUCCCACUGGCAAGCCAUGGUUUGUUGACUUCUUUGCACCGUGGUGUCCGCCGUGUAUGAAACUAAUGCCAGAAAUCCGAAAGGCGUCGCGAAGUGCUAAUCAUUUGGUUAACUUCGGGACCAUUGACUGUACGGUUCAUUCAUCGAUGUGUAGAAAAGUGAGACAAAUAUUUUCUUAUGAUUUUGAAUUUGUUUUAAACUCAUCGUAUAACAUCAGAUCUUACCCGACAGUCCUUCUGUACAACUCAUCGGUUGCCCAUCAGUUUCAUGGCUCGCAUUCAGAACACGAUUUGAUUGAUUUUAUUCAUGAGACUUUGUUUCCAUCGGUCACUCAUUUGACUCCCGAGACGUUUAAGGAAAUGGUGGACAAGAAGAAGACGACGACUCUAUGGUUAGUGGACUUCUUCGCGCCGUGGUGUGGACCCUGUCAACGACUGGCCCCUCAAUGGACUAAAUUAGCGAAAUUACUUAAAGACGAGCCCAAUGUGAUGGUGGGCUCCGUUGACUGUCAGGCGUACUCACAGUUUUGUAGCGAUUUGGGCGUCAGAUCCUACCCAACCAUUCGCUUAUAUCCGUACAAAGAUAGCAAACAUUACUCUAAAGAUCAAAAGUUUCAUCUAUUUAAUGGGAAUAAUAGGGACGCGGAGUCCCUACGAGUUUGGGCCUAUAAUUUCAUUACCAGUUCUGUCAAAGAGGUCGAUAGCGAGCUAUACAAGUUCUUCAACUAAUUUA